GCCGCCGCCGCCCCGCGCUGCCCGGCGCUUUCCGGGGUCAGGCGUCCUGCCCGCGCCGCCCGCAGCGCGGGCCCGCCUGCGCGGAAACACGGGAGGAUGCGCGGCGCGGCGAGCGUCGAGCUCGCAGCCGCCGUAGCGCGUGUCGCCGCCACGCGUGGCCUCUCCUCGUAGGCUGCAGGCUCCGGACCGCGGUGCCUGCGGCACGGCGGGGCAGCGGGCACUGAAAAAGCCGUACAGGCGUUCGUCCCCGGGCUGGGAAGAGGUCCUGCUUAAGCCUCCGUCUUCCACGGAGGAUGCGGAAGGCACGGCCAUGGAAAAGAAACCGCAUUUCGUUAGAAGGGAGUUUCUUCCCAGAGAGGUGCCAUCCAUCUCGCUGGCGUUACUGCUUGCGGCCGUCCUGCUCCUUAAUGCCCUUCUCUACCUGUACCUCAACAAGUUUUACAGCUCUCUGGGACGUGUCGAAAUGGACCCUGGCCUCUGUCCUUUUGGGCAUUUCAAAUUCGGAGCGGUGAAGAAUUGUUCCCCUUGGCUUUCCUGUGAGGCCAUAAAUAGGGAAGUCAGGAAACUCAAGUGUGUUGGUGAAGGUGCUGUGAAAAAGGUCUUCCUUUCUGAGUGGAAGGAAAAGAAAGUGGCCCUUUCACAGCUCACCAACUCAGAACUGAAGGAGGACUUUCUCCACGGACUGAAGAUGCUGAAAGCCCUUCAGAGCAAGCAUGUUGUCCGGCUGCUUGGCUACUGUGAGGAGCAGUUCACAAUCCUCACCGAGUACCAUCCUCUUGGUUCAUUGAGAGGCCUGAAUGAAACUCUCCACAUUCCCAAAUACAAGGGCAUGAACACCUGGCAUCGCAGGCUGAUGCUUGCUAUAGACUACGUGAGUGUCAUUCGGUACCUGCACAGCAGCCCCCUGGGCACCUUAGUGAUGUGUGACUCGAAUGACCUGGACAAGGUUCUCUCCCAGUACCUCCUAACAAGUGACUUUCAUGUUCUGGUGAACGAUUUGGAUGCUUUGCCUCUUGUGAACAGGAGUGCUGGCAGGCUGGUGAAGUGUGGUCACAAGGAGCUCCGGGGUGAGUUUGUAGCUCCUGAGCAGCGUUGGCCCUAUGGAGAAGAUGUGCCAUUCGAAGAUGACCUCAUGCCUCCCUAUGAUGAGAAAACAGACAUCUGGAAAAUCCCAGAUGUCUCCAAUUUUUUUUUGGGUCAUGUUGAAGGAAGUGACAUUGUACGACUGCAUCUCUUUGACAUCCAUGCAGCCUGUAAGAAGAAGGACCCAGCAGAACGGCCUUCUGCCCAAGAGGUCUUGGACACCUACAGGAAAGUUUUAACUCUGCUUAUUCGGGAGGCAGCCAUGCCUGGUACUAGAGAGAUGUUAUAGUGAAUCAGGAGGCAAACAACAUACUGAGGUUUUAAGUUGAUGUCCUUCCUAUUUAUGUAGCUUGCCUGAUGGGCAAAAUCCCUGUCCCCAAAACUGAGAAGAAAGGAACUGAACUUGUACCUCUUGAUUAAGGAAAAAAAAAAAUCACCCCAAUCCAAGAGUUGUGCAAGCUUUCCAUUGGCACGUUUAGUCUACUAUUGGAAGAGGAGGAGGGAGAGAAAUGAAGUUGUGUGGGUGCAGGGGAAAUUUGUUCCUUAAGAAAUUAUAAAUUUUCUUUUGCAACAUUUACACAAAACGUAUCUUAAAAAUUACAGGAAAACAGCUAAAAAAAUACUGGUCUACCUUAACUUGUUGGCAGAGGACUGGAGAGCAGAAACCAUGGCAUGCCCCCCACAAGCUUUGUGCUGAUUGCUGUGGCUUUGGCCUAUGUUGCAUCCACAAAGCCCUCAUCUGCUUUCCCAUGUAGUAAAAGCAGUGGUCACUCAGAAAGGAGUACCCCAUUUCAGAUUUUGGUGAGCCCCAGUGCCAGAGCCUCAGUCUCUCCCUGCUGGCUGGGGCAUUUGGAGCCAUAUGGCCAUUGCCCUGUGGGCCCUGUAUCCCUCACCAGCAAGUGUGUGGCCACUUUUAGAAGCAAGAAGAUGAUGCAGAUUUGCUUACAGACACAGGUUCUUGGUUUUCAAGCCUUUGUCCUGUGGUGUUCUCAGAUGUGCUCUUUAGAGAUGAAACUGUCGAAUGCAAAUCUCUUGCUCCUCUGCAAUCCACAGAAAUGCUGAACACUUUGGAAGAGAGAUGAAGUGUGUCUUUUCAUUCAUUUAUCUUUGCUUAGUGUCAUCAUGAUUUUGUGGGAAGGAGGAACUGAAAGAGAACCAAAUGGAACUGAAAGAGAAUGUGACUUCCACAGCAACAUAAGCUUUGGAAAAGAAAAUUCCUUUAUUCUGAGAUACAACUCUAUUGGGUCUGAAUUCAAAGUCCACUAAGCAUAAAGGAAGGCUGCUAAAAAGUAGCCUUGUUCGGAGUGUUAGGAAAAAGCUUGAACUCACCUACGUGGAUGUAACAGCCUAGUACCAACAGCUGAAGAGGAAAAAUGAUGCCUUAAUCCAGCAAUAGGCUCUGUUUGGUGGGACUGGGAUCUGGGAUGUAGUUCUCUUGGUGAGAAAAUAGGAAUAAUAUGAGUGAGAAACAUGGACUCCACCAUUGUCCACCUGAGGACCUUCUGUGCUGUGGACUAAAUCUUGGAAGGGCCUAAGAGACAACUUCCAUGUUUUGACCUGAGAGAUGAUUUGUAAGCAGAGAAGCACACUGUCCUUUUGCUCCUUUUUGAAGGGUUUGGUUCUGUUCUUUUCUAUGCUGCUAUUCUUUUUCACAUAAAUCAGCCACGUUCUGACUCCACUGAGAUCAUGCAGUCAUUUCAUAUGUAUAAUAUUCAAAUCCUGGUAUCAGAAUUUUCUUAGAAAUGGGAAAAAUUUCCAGCAAAUUAGUAAAUUGAUUCCUGAUAUCAUACAAUGCCACCAGGAGCCCUUUAAAAGCCGCUGAUUAUGCCUUUUCUUUCCCUCUGGGCAGUCUGUUUUCUUAAACUAGACUUUUGCCACUUUUCACUUAUCCAUUCCUUCCUUGCAGCUUUUCUGCUUAUGUUGUCAGGAGACAAAGCUCAGAAAUCAAGGUCUCCAAAAGAGAGCAGUGAUUGUGGAUGCUUUGGGUUUGUUUUGGAAUUUGACUUGAAACGCCUAGAAAAAGCAUGGGGAAAAGAAAUGCUCUGUUGUAAAUGCAUCAUCCACCCCAUGAACUCCUAACUUAUUAUUAGGGUUAGAGUUCUUCAAUUCCAGCAUGAAUACACGAUGUGCAACAGUUGGAAAAGUCUCCUGUUACAGCUCUGUGAAGCCAGGGAUAAGGCUUUAAAGGGCCAAAAGCCAAAUCUUUUGCAUGUUUCCCUCACAAUAAUUUGUUACCUUUUGUUAGCCAUCAUGUACACUUGAAAGGGAAAUCAUAAUCUGAUAGCUGCAAAUAACCAUCCCCUGAGAGGUUUUUAUGAAUAUGGCAAGGACAGAUAACCUGACAAACAUCUUGUGCUGGUCUUUUGGUUAAGACAAGCUUCUGCUGGGAUUCUUGCCCUGUUGUGUACUGUUGCUGUUGCACCUUUUAAACAGCCAUAUUAAUUUCACAGAAUGAAAACAAUGAGGAAAAAUUCUGGUUCAUAAUAAUUAUCUUGCCAUGGAGAUGAUUCUCUGUUCCUGGGUGAAAUAAUUACAAUUUUUUUUAAGAAAACGUGUCUCCCUAAACAUUCACCCUGAGCAGUGGCUUCUCCAUGUCUUUCCCAUUCUCCUUCAGUUUGUGUGUUGUCCAGCAUUGUAUCUCAGCAGGAAUAAAUCAGAUUUUUUCUGAAUCCGGCAUUAUAGAGCUGCAGUUUAUUUUUUGGGAUGUUGUUUCUGUCUGUGAGGAAACGCUAGAUGGCAGCAUGAAGGUCAGUUUAGCGUUAGGUAUCAGCAGCUGCUUCCUUGGAAGCCCAGACAUAGCCAGAAUCUGGCCUUGCAGCCAGUAUUUUCCUAGCAAACUUCUAUAAACCCCUUAAAGAUCUCAUUGUGUUUGCUUUAGUGAGUCUGAAGGCACAAGACAGAUAGAUACAGAAGCUGACCUAUUAACCACAAAUGCCACAUGUGCCACUUCCCCUUUAACUUGCUCAUGGUCUUUAUGUACUUUACUGUCUGUUUCUAUGUCAACUUGGUGAAGCCAAAACCAAAUUUGCGUGUCACCUCCUUCCAGUCUUUCAGUAAAAUCCGAUGUUGGUACCCUAUGCAAGUCUCUAUUCUUCUCUGCUUGCUCCUUCUGAAAUCUCAAGAUUACCUGAAUCCAGUCCUUCCCACAUUCCCAGCUUCUUUCCCUUAAAGGGAAGAGGCAAGGCAUCCCAGAGAGGGCAAAAAGAAGCAACAAAGCCCUACAUGCAGUAGUCUCCCCUCUUUGCAGUUUUUUUUUUUUUUUUUUUCUGAGCAUUUCAAUCUUUACCACCAAUCACAGCCUUUGAUAAACAUUCAGGAACCUUGCUGCCUCAGUACAAGCAGCUCUUGUCUGUCUACUGGAAAACAUCAAAAGAUGAAAGGCAGGAAGAGCCUGUUCACAGCUGGGAGCCUGCAACUCCCUCUCAGCUCACCCACUCCCCAGUCAGCUCUACACCAAUGGACAUGACCUCCCCUGCUAAGACCACUGCCUAGCCUCAGUAACAGCUGCUAGUUCUUAUCUCAAGCUCAGAUCAUGUGUUCCACAUUCCUUGUCCUUUCCUACAAAGGAUGCUUCUCUGGGGAUCGUCAUUGCCAUGUUUCUCAUUGUAUUACUGUUCUUCCAUCCCAAAAGUCCAGUCAAAGAAACUGCACAAAGAUGCAGGUUACACCAGGAGGAGGACAGCUACUGAUGCUUAUCUCCUUCAGAAAAACUUCAGAGGAGGUUCCCCAAACCACCCUAGGUAGUCAAUGCUGAGGCAGAUAGGAUCCCAGUCAUUCCAGGGCUUUUGUUUGCUGUCACUGUCAAGAUGAAGGCCCUGGGUCUGGCCCUUUCCAAGGGACAGGGCAACCCUUUUGCUGAGGUUAGUGUAAGCACCUUACCCUUCCCUUUUGGGCAAUGCCUCCUCUGCCAUGCCUGCAGCAGACCCACAGCAUCUUUCACCCACCCAACUGCUAGACAAAGAAUCAAAGCAGAAGCUGUCUCCCAGACUUAAGAAAUAGCACCCAGUUCCUAGACUGAGCUCUGCUGGGGCACUGCUGGGCAAGCAGUGGGGGAGACCAGGACACUUAGGGCAUGCUGGCUCAGCCUGCUGACAGUCUGGCUGCGGGUGUCAGCUGUGUCAGAGCCCAUUACUGGUAUGGUACACUCUAUCCUUGGCCCAAUGCUGUUGCCAAAACAAAUUCCCAGUGGAUUUCCCACUAAAGUUUAGCCCUUACCAGGUAGGUUUAUACCACAGGUUAUGGAAUGGAAACUGCCUGUCUCAGAGCAGAGUCCCAGAUUCAGCUCAAACCCAUUGCUCCUUUCAUUUUCUCCUCAGAGCCAUCAAAAGAAUAGUACUAUCAAGGUUAUGCUGUUUUCCUUUCCAACCUGCGUGCUGGCUGCAUGCUUCUGGGAGGGUCAAGUCUGAUGGAGCAUGGAUUUCAGACUACGUCCUGAAAGCACUCCUAUAACACUAAAUCCUGUAGGGGUGAGCAGCCUAUAUGGCAAUCAUCUCUAUGUUUGACAGCAUCAGGCUGUAAAAAGUAGUGUGUGGAUAUCUGCACCGGCUGUUGUGUAGGUCUGGGUAAAUGCAGAGGAAAUAAAAUGGACACAAUGUAUUUAAUUGAACAUUUGUUUGAUUUUUUCUUUUAGUUUUGAAGGAUCCGUUGAAAAUCUGUGUUACUCUGUAUUUAGUACAGUGGUAACUUUUAAAUGUAUCAAAAGUUUAGAAUACCACACAAAGUUUUUGAAAUUCUGUCACAAGUUCUAAAAUAAUAUUUUCCUUUUCUACCGCAUAAACAAAACAUCAGA